AUGUCUCAUUCUGGUGCUGCCGUUUUCAAAAAGGUAUCUGGUAUAAUUACUAUUGAUGAAGGUCAUUCUCCUGCUAUCCUGACAUGGAGAUCCACAGAUGGAGAUAAGACCAGCGUUAUUGAAUUAGAUGGUAUUGAUAAGCUUCAAGCUACACCAGCUUCAAGUGAAAAAAUGAUGUUAAGACUUAUAGGGAUCGUAGAUGAAAGUAAGAAGAUUAAAGACAAUGAUGGUAACGAAGUCCUACCAAAACCUGUUACUUACAUGUUUAUGUUUAACAACAGGAUAGUGAUGGAUAAUAUCAAAGUUACUUUGCAGCAUAUUAUAUCACGUUAUAAAGAUACACAAGCUUAUGAAGAGAAAUCUCGAAGAGAAACUGGUGGUGAGUCCGUAGACAGUACACCAGUAGUAUCAACACCUCUGAUUAAUACCAGAAAACUAGAUGAUUCGUUGUCCAGGAAGAAACUUCUAUCGAAUUUUAAACUUCAACAAUCAUUAUUACGUGAAAAUAAAACUUUAAUGAAAACUUUCCAAGAGACUGUAAUGUCCUCCGGUUUGCCGGCUGACGAAUUCUGGUCGACAAGAAUUGCUUUGUUGCGAGCAUUUGCGUUAUCGACAUCACAGAAGGUUGGCCCAUAUAAUGUUUUAUCGAGUAUCAAGCCAGUUGCAUCAUCAGAUAAUAAAGUGAAUGUGAAUAUAUCCAGAGAGAAAAUUAUGAGUAUUUUCCAGACUUUUCCAAUUGUAAACAAGGCAUAUAUGGAUAAUGUGCCAAAAAAUUUCAAGGAACCUGAAUUUUGGGCUAGGUUUUUUGCCUCUAAAUUGUUUCGUAAAUUAAGGGGUGAACGUAUCUCACCAAAUGAUAGAGGUGAUGUUAUUAUAGAUAGAUACUUAACAUUGGAUGAAGAUUAUGAUAGACAAGAUGAUAUCAGUUUACAGCAUGAC